CGCUGAUUAAGAUAACAAGCGAUCAUCGCGUUUUCCAUCUGCGUACGGGGCACUUGUUUUUGUGCUGUCACAAAACAAAGGAACCACCGAACAAGUACCGGAAACAAGUUCGAUCAAUCGUGGAAUUUAAUAUGCCAGCUGUUGUUUAUCGUUUGAUCACGUUGUCAUUAUAGCGAUAGAACACAGCACAAUCACAAUAAUGCGCCCGUGACUUAGGCAGGAAUGGCCCAGGAAGACGGUGCUCAGGAGAGCUCCCACUCUCAGGAAUCGAAGAAUUCCAAAGACGCUUUCUUCGAUUCGAAACCUAAGCCUAAAAUUAUUAGGAUACUGACGGUACUGGCCUACAUACUGAGCGUUUCGAUGGCCGCUAUCAUUCUAUCGGUUUACUAUAUUUUUAUGUGGCACGGGGAGCCGCACCUCGGGGCUCGAAGAAAUGUUAUCCUCAAUUACAACAAUUAUAGCGUGGAAGAGAGAUUUAUAGGACUGAAAUAUUUAGGAGAUUUGGAAAAUCAAUCGCACUUGAUUCUACACAAUUACGAUGAUAUUAGAAAUGCGAACGCAACCGAAACAAAGUUACCGAAGAACGGAUCUGAAGAAAACGAAGGGCAAAUUUUAUGUUCUUGUUACCCUCAUAUUUUCGCAGACGUGGAUCUGCUAAAACAUUUCUUCAACUUUCUGCUGGAUAAGAUGUCCUACAAGGCCAACAACGGCUUGAGUCUGACGACGAGCGAUUCCGGCCAGUGGAAGACCGCCUCUGUGCUGGACACCGCCGUCAAAUUGGCGGGCGAGGAGGCCAAAGACCGCCUCUACGAGCCCAAGCACAAGAAGAAAAUUGUCAGAGUGCUGACGGUGGUGGCCUACGUGUUUUUCGUGUCUUUGGCCGCCAUUAUGCUCAGUUUGUACUACGUGCUUUUUUGGAACGGGGAUCAGAAGAUUACGUCCAAGUACGUGACGGCUGCGCUCAGACAACAAGCCCAGCAGGCUCAGGAUACCAAAUGUAUUUUAGAUAUGCAACGACAGUUGGUAAAUCUAGAACUAGAAGACAAGUUACUCGCUCCUACUGAGAUAUCUUCCGAAGAAAACGCUACCAAUUGGCAAGAGGACUAUCCGGAUGGUCCGGAAGAUUUAUCGAAAACUAGCGUUUUUAUCAAAAAAUUGUUCUAUAAAAACGACAGGAAUAUUUAAAAGUCGACCAAAUUAACAAAGUGUUCCAUAGAUUUACUAAUAGGAAAUUGUAGUGUCUAGUCAAUAAGAAUGAUUUGAAUAAAAAAGGGAAAAUUUUACCUAUCGGUAAACUUUCAGUAUAGAACCAGCUAAUAAGAGUACGAGGUAAUUUCGAGUAUGUGAUGAAUAUGUAAGGAUUUAUUUGUAAUUUAGGUACAUUUAUAAGAAACGUGAUUUCGAUAUUCUCCAGUUUUUAGAAAUAAACGAAAAUAUUCCAUGAGA